CAACGCCCUCUGUCGGCGGAGCGUCCCGGAAAGGGCUUCAUUAAACAAGGCAACGUCACGACCACCAACGCCAACAAACAACCACCCACGGACACAACCACCACCACCAACACGAUCGGCCAAGCCCUACAACCACAAACAACAUCAUCAUCAACAACAAUCAACCAACCACCAAACCCAUCCACACCAUCGCCACCCACUCAACUGAACCGGGCCAGACAGCCCGCCUAGCCACAUCACCGCAGCCAAAAUUAAAGCCGCGGGGUUCCCUCCAUGGGCGGCGAGAACUCGCGCCUGUGGAGGAGCAGCUCCCGGGGCCCCAAGAGGCGCUCCGAUGGCGGUGGGGACGCGGCGCCCCCCAACGGCACUCGCAAGGCGCAGCGCUGCCCCGGGGCCCGGGGCUGCUCGGGCUGCUCGGCCUGCGGGGCCGAGGCGGCGCAGAGUCCCGGGAGGAGCGUGGCCCAGGCCGGGGUCCGAUGCUCGGCUAGGCCGCGCUUGGUGCUUACGAGGCGAAGCUCGAUGUACUUUGAUGAGGAUGGAGACCUGGCACAUGAGUUUUACGAGGAGAAGUUGGUGAACAGCAAUGGGAAGCGCAGAGCCAAGUUGCUCCGGCUGUGCCAAAAUCUCAUCCCGCAGGGCAUGGUGCGGUUGGAUCACCCACGCAUCCAUGUGGACUUCCCAGUGGUGAUUUGUGACGCCCGCCCCGAUUGUAACCAAAGAGGAGACUAAAGGACGUGGCAUUACAACAUAAGCCAUUCAUCUGAGGCCACCAUGCCUGGGAUUCAGUUAACAUGACAUUUUAGGAUAUUCUAUUUACAAAACGUCUAACUUUAGAUUAAUUUUCCAGUCAUAACCAUUAUCACAACUAAACAAAUACACUGUCCGUGCGGUCAAGAGCAUGGAUAAGUGGUCUUCAAUACUUUGUUGCAAGGCACGUAUAAUCUUACUGGAAAUUGCAAUGUGCCACUUUCAUAAGUCACAUAGCAAAUGUUUUCACAACUUUAAGGGAGCAUGCCAAUGCGUCCUUUUAACUGAAACCUACGGCUGUGGAGUGGCUUUUGCAUCACGUUCCACGUGAUGCAGCCACCUUGAUGCCCUGCCGCCAUACAUCAGGACGUGCAGGGCAUUUCAUCAUCGCGGAGCGAGUAAAAGGAAGUGAGUCCCAGCCACUUGGGGAUGCAUAUAGCCUACCCUUUGUAUCCCUUUCAGAAAUUGAGAGAGGUCUACCCCAAGCAAACGCAGAUGAACCAGAGAGUAGACACAACUUGCAGGUGUGAAGGCGAACUAGUAUGCAUUCAUAUAUAUCUGCCAAACGCGAAAGAAGUUCAACAUACAGACGUAUGGCAGGGGGUAAAGGUACUGGCCGCACCCACCUGAAUUCUGGCAGUCAUCUACUCCAGGGUGGUACUCGUGCCAACUUCUCGUGCAGAUUCCCCAGAUGGAUUACAGGGACAUCGGUGUUACUGUGUCGUCUUGCUUUACUUUGCGUGCACAGGUGGUAGAAAACAUGCAUUCACAAAUGCUGUCUGUGGUGAAGCAUAGUCGUGGUAUAUGUUAUGGAAAUGCUAUGAAAGAUUGCCCAUGCGCUCAUGUGAUCAGUGCAGAAUAGUUAAUGCAUUAGAUUAUGAUGGUCGUGGCGAGCGUUGAUAAUGCACUAUUUAGUGUUCCCGCCACUCCAAUGUGUACGCCUGUGAUGUCGGUGUGACAUGCAGGUGUUUUGCAGGCAGAGGGCGCUGUUGUACCAUUGUUUAAGUUCAUAACAUCGCAAGGUUAAUGCAUAUACGUAGUAAGUGUUGAUAAGCAGUGAAAAUUGUGUCCACUCUGCAAUAUGGUGUACACUUUCUUAUACUUUAAGCAGAGCAUAAGAGUGAAGUAAGAUACCUGGCACUAAGGAGAUAUGUGAAAUGGUUUUAGCAGGUCGGUUAGCUUCGUGGUCGACAACACUCACCACUUAGGCAAUUCGCAAGACGUCAACAAAUUGGUUAAUUUCCCGUUGCCCUGGCGUUAAUAUCAGUGGAAUAGUAUCAAAUCAUGCCGCUGUCUUUGCAUUGCACGUGAAAGAUCUUGACAUUCAGAAUAUUAAUACGGGUAUUGUAACUAAAAUCCCAAUUGUUUUUAAUUGCUUGCAACUAAAUUCAAAGCAGUUAAAAACGUUUCUAAGCGGAUGGAAACCUUGAGUGAAAAAACAUUUAUUUAUUGUAGGUUUGGAAGUUGCACUUACUUUAGACAUUGUCUAAAUUAUUUAUUUUCUCCGAUAACUCGAAGUGUGGAAUUCUGCCACUUUAAUGUGGCCUACAUUAAAGUGAGCUGUUUAUUCCUGAACUAAGUGAUGUUACCAGCUAUUGGCAAAGCUUCAUGUUUGAAAGUUUAUGGGAAGGACUUUUCAAGCAAAGUCCCCCUGUUGUAUGAAUCCAACACAAUUUGUUUUGGAAUCACAUGCAACGAAUUAACUUUGCUUUAACAACAUCCGACGUGUCAACAAUGUUGAGGUAUCUGUUUUUUUAACUAUUGCUAUUGGAUUAAAGGGAGCCGCUCUGUGUUUUUGUAUCUGUGAAAAGCUUUUCCGCCUUGCAAAAUGUAACACUUGCAGACGGUGGGGCACUGGUGAGCCUUGAUCAGUUUGAUCGCUGCAGCUCCGGCGUCGUGAAUAUUUGAAGUAAUUAGUCCAUAUUUUCGUCAUUUUAGUUCUGUCACUUAUGAACGGCAAGACUGCGAUAUUGAGUCGAGCAGGUAAAAUGACCAAUGCCUAUUACCAUUUGGUCCGGAAAUGCACCCCAUCUUGUCGCAUCUCAGAAACGAAGGAGGGUUGAACCUGGAUUGUGCUGGAAUGCGAGACGCAACAACAAAUUUCACUGGCCGCGAGGCUACAUUGUGGGCAGCAAAAUGUUUCAACAAAAUCAAUUGCUCUACCGUACCUCUAUGCUCCCACUUCUGCACUCCUCGCCUUCGCCAACCCCCAAUUACGAACGCGCUGAAGUAUGGUCAUAUAACCCCUACGACCCACACGAUCAAUCCGGGAGUGGAUUGCCACAAUAGGCUUACACAUACAAACCGACCAAUAUUUCAACUGGAUUCCAGUGACGCCGAAGUAAAAAAUAAUACCAUUCUGCAAUUGUAUAAUUGGCGUUUUACUUUUCCAGAUAGCCAAUUUUAGUUUCUAAAAUUAUUUUCUUUUUUGAGAUUUGUUAACUGCCGUGAAUGUUAAUUCAACCACACCCAAGUUUGUCAAGCCGCACACUUUAAAGUCUCCCAUCGUCGGCCAGUUUCACGGGAGGGUGUUGUGGAGCAAAUGGCUUCCGCAUGCUGUAGAGACAACGAAGCCUUCACACCAACACUUCAGCCAGAUGCAUCUCUUUUGAGCCUAACUGCAUAAGCCUUAAAGAUAAAAGUACAGUACAGAGGUAUUAUCUAGAAAAUGUAUUUGAGUAUACUUGCAGAGUACGUUAAACCAUAUUUCAAUCUUCGUCAGAUAAAUUUAAAUUCCUUUGGGCUGUUUUACAUUUGGCACAUUUUAUCAGAACGCAACAGUUUAGUCUAAUUUCCAUACAGAAACACUGGAUUGGAUACAAAAGGUUUUUGUAAGCCGGUUAACAUUCUUCCCUGGGUGGGCACUGUUGGGGCAAACAGGUUGCCUUUUGGUGAUGUAAUGCUCCCCUUUCCCACUUAAACACAAUGUGUAUUAAACUCUUAUCACACCUUCAUGAGUGCUCUUUGUUGCUGGCUGCUAAACGUUUUGGCCGUGUGCUCAGCGACAGUGAUUUUAACAAAGGCUCCCACGAAAAUUAUGUCACCCAAUGUAUAUAUAUUUUUUGUGAGAUAUUUAUAAUUCAAGAGUUGUCUGCCUGAGACCUGGGCUGAGAAUCCUUUAAAUUGUACGGUGUGCAGGUUAUUGUGGUAAUGUAUUUUUAAUCUAGUGGCAAAUUAUUCACAAGACAAUCCAGUCAACUUCAGCUGUACUAUGCCUACUUUGCUGUGCCAUAUGGUAAAGCUCAGUUUUGUUCGACCAUCUUGAUUUAACGUGCGUUCGCUAAAUAAAAUCGUGCAUAUUGACCAAGCUAGUUUUAAGGGUUUCAUAAGCUGCUGCAUUCAAAGGCUAGCCAGUCGGUCAAUCCUUCUGUUUUUUUACAGUGGAGGCAAUCCUUUUAGAUUUGAAGUUUUCGUGACUGCAAGGAUCCAUGCUCUUUGGUUUUAUCGGUAAAGUCACGUAGGUAAAAAACAAAAUAAAAUUAAUUAAAAUGAAAACAACUAAAUUCAAUUUAGUUUUCAUUUUAAUUUAGUUUUAUUUUAUUUUUUUACCUACGUGACUUUACCGAGGCAAUCCUUAUUUUGGCAACUCGAGCACUUCUGCUCAUCUCAUCAAAGACAUUUCUAAAUUGCAAAAUUAUUUCUCUAGAACUACCUUUUGUGUCUUGUUUAUUUCUCCUUCCCCCCCCGCACCUUUCGAUUAACACGGUUGGCUGCUUACGGUGUGAAGGAAGUUCAACAUAGAGUAACAAAGCUUGCACAAUCUAGGCGCCUGCAUUUGUGCGUUGUAUUUGUGCACGCGCGUGUUCAUGCGCGUGCGUUUACAUGCGGUAUAUGUGUGAAGUUUGUAACGUAAGCUGUCCCCCAAUUGCGAGGGACCUUAACUCCUUGAGUCAUAUGUUUUAUGUAUGAACAGGGUGACUUGAUGUACUUAUUAAAUUAUCUAAACUUUAAUUGUAAUGGUAAUAGCCGCAAACUGAGAAAUACAAAUAAAAUUGUGUUACACUGCUUUAUUCUUUGUGCUGUAGGUGGGGUAAUGUAUUAAUUUUAAGAAUAAACUGUUUUGUGUUCA